AUGGAUGUUGAAUCUCUUGGCGGCAUCAGUACAUCAAGUUCUGUUGAACGCCAAGCCAUGAGAGAGCAGCUAGAUGCAGUGCGGCAAACAUUGAAUUCGUUGUCAAGCCAACCUCAGCCAAAUGCUAGCGGAGUCAACGCUACGCUGGAGCCUGCCCUCAACGAAAUUGUUGCUAAGCUUUCAAAUAUUGAAGGUCUCUAUACAAGCCUGACGAACAAGCUUGAAAAAGUGGACCUCAGAGUGGAGGACAGCGAGCGGCACAUCAAAGAGUUGCAGCACUUGUCCGCGGGCGCCAUUAAUGAAACUCGACGCUUGGCCGGUACAGGCCUGCCCGGCAUCAGCGGCACAGCAUCACUGCGCACUCGCAAUUUGGCUGCGGCUGGCAUGCCUACCACGCCAACCCAGCACGCUUUAUCGCCGCAACGAAGCACGUUGGGGACCCUGGAGGGCGUGCCGCCCCAUGUGACCACCAGCAUCCAACAGCACGCAGCGCAGAUUCACAAGCUCAUUGCCGGCUUGGAUUUCCUGGAGGCGCAUAUCAUCCGUCAGGACCAGCUGGUUGAAACCCUGCAGAAGCAGCUCUUGUCGGUUGCGCGGGAUGUCGCUACAUCGUCAGCAGGUCCAGAGAGCCGCAACAGCCCUAGCGAGUUGUCCCUGCGUGUGCACGACAUGGGCGAGCUGCUCAACAAGUUACGUGCCCAUAUGUAUAAGGUGGAGAAGAAAACCAGCAGCAACGACCAGGCGCUGGCUCUGCUGACGCAGCGCAUACAUGCCGUGGAGUCAGCCGCGGGGCAACAAAAAACGGGUAACGGGGAAUCAUCCAACGAGCAGGAAGGAACUCUGGCCCCGUCUCUCGUUGAGCUGGUGACUGCUCAAGAGGAGCUUCGCAGCAUGGUGCGGGACUUGUGUCGCGAUGUGCUCGAGCUACGGGACCAACUGCAGGCCAAGCUGGCGCCUGUUGCCUCUCACGCAUCAGAGCCGGCCACAUGCUUUGUCACAGGGGUGGCGGCAGAGGAGGGCGCUGAGGUACCUAAUUUGCUGGUAGAGAACAAGGAGCUGAAGGAAUUCGCCGCGCGGGCAAGUAAACAGAUCGAUGAACUAUCUGGCGAAAUGAAACAGCAGAAAUGGCAACUCCAACAGCAGCAGGAGCAGUUGCAGCAGCAACAGCUCCUUGGGGUCGCACCUGUGGACAUGGCGGUGGAUGUUGCUGCUGGUCAGCUGAAGGCAAAGGUCUUGGAGCUUCAGGGGCAGGUGGCAUUCCUCGAGGGUCGCCUGCAGGUUGCCGCGACCCGGGCAGACGUGGAGGCAUUGCACUCGGCGCUGCAGGCAGUCGAGAACAAGGCGCCCUCUGUACACGCAACCACCGAGCUGGAUUCCGCAUUCAUGGCCGUUCAAGAGGACGUAGCCAGGCUACAGGACCGGGUUGCAGCCUUGCAGGGCGGUCUCAGUGAGCGGGCAAAGGAAAUUGCAGCAGCGCGCGCAGAGGUUCAGGGGUUGUCGGCGGCUGUACAGUCCCUGUCAGCAGUGCAAACCCGGGUGGCGGAGCCGUUGUCGGCAGCUGCUGAAGACUUUGUCCCCAAUCUGAAAAACAUCACACCUGGUUCGCCGGAGGCAUCGUUGCUAGCCGCGCAGGUGGCCUCCUCAGCCAAGGCUGAUCUUGAGGAGCAGUUUGGGCAGCUGCGGAACAGGCUGGAAACCGCAAUGGCUGCUGCUGAAGCCGCUGAGAACGCGGCCCGGAAGAGUGCGGAGUCCGCAGCUGCAGCAUCCGAAGCUGCUGGGCAAGCUGACAAGAGCGCGGGUGCAGCCUUGCAGGAGUCUAUGCUCGCCAUGGUAGCUGCUCUGGAGCAGGAGCAAUCCGCCCUAAAAGAGCAGGUUGCACAACUAGCAGCGCAGGUGUCGGAGGAGCAGGCCGCAAUAGCUUCUGGUUUGCUCCAGGUUCAGGAGCAGGUUGCAGCGGCAACUGGUGCGGCAGCUGAGGCCGUCACAUGCGCGCAGGCAGUACAGGAGCAACAGGCCGCUAGCGGGCGGCAAGAGCGCGAAUCCGCGGAACAGCUAAGGACUAUGCAGGCCGAGCUGCGCGAAAAGGUGGCCAGCGUGAUGGAGCAGCUCAAGGAGCGGGUGGAACAGGGCAUGCAAGAGAUGGACACGCAGCUUUCUGUGUUUAGCGACCGGCUUAAUGGCGCAGCGACCACGGCGCAACUGGAGGGUGCGCUGCAGCAGCUACGCACGGCCAUUGCGGACUCAUCAGAGCGCUACGAGCUGGCCGCAGCUUCCAUGGAGAUGCUGCGCGCGGAGCUCAUCCUGGUCACAGGCCGGCAAGACGUACUGCAGACGCGCAUGGAAAAUGUGGAGACCGUCCUUGGAGUCGAUACCCGGAGCAGCCGUCUGGAGGCCACACUGGGCGAGGAUGCUGAGCAGAAAGACGGUGAUGCCGGCGAGCCUGGGGCAGUGGACGAUGAAGAUCUCAGAUCCGGGGCGGCGGGUGUUGGUGACGAAUCUGGGCUUGCCGCUGUGGGAUCAUCUUGCGGUCGCGGGCUGCUGGACCUGGUGGCCGAGCUGCAGUCGCGAGUCGGUGGACUGGAGGGUGCCCUGGAAGCCGCAGCUGCCAACAUGGAUCAGCUACGCAACCUCGCGCACAACAACGCGGAGAGGAACCAAGAGACAAUUCAGCAGGCAACCGCACAAUUAUUCCAGGACCUCCAGUGCCUGUCAGCAGCCAUGGAUCAGCGCGCAGCAAGCACUUCUGCAGGCAUUUUGGCCAUGGAGGCCGCCUCAGACGCCAUGCAGCAAAAGGUCAAUGAGCAAGCGGGCAUGACGAGCGAGCUUUCGGCACGCAUAGAGAGCCUGCAGCUGCGCUUGGAGAAUGAGGUCAUAGCUCGUAUUCAGGAGACUUCUGCAACUGUAUCCUCGCUUUCGGCACGAGUCGCACACGACUACGUCAACCGCGAGCAGCUGGGUGCUAUCUUCAAGGCGCGUGACAACAUGAAGCGUGCUGUCGACGAGCUGGCAUCUGUGUUCAACACCGGGCGCCUUCUGCUCACGGCCUCGUCCGAUGAGGAAGCGGCCAACCCGACUGACUCGGAGUCCGGCAGUGUGCCACACUCCGGCAGUGGUGCACUUUCGCCCCGGCUGGUUUCGGCCCUGGAGGACUUGGCCGGUAAGCAGGCAGAGCUAGAGCACCAGGUGCAGUUGGCUCUUUACCGCACCGAGGGCGUCGUUCGCCAGGAGCAACUGGCGAGCAUGCAGCAAGCCAUGCUGACCCUGGAGAUGCAGUUCCGCCGGCUGGGUGUGUCUUCCUUUCCAGCCCAACAGCAAGCCCCAUCCGCUGUGCAGCCUGCUUCAGCGGACUUGUCGGACCUGCGUGCACGGGUGAAGGCGCUUGAGGAUGCCCUUGCACUUGGUGAAACCAGUGCUGCGCAGGGCACCACCGCUGAAUUGUCCAGUGAUGGCGGUGCUGGCGCGGCGCACCUGGGAAAUUCCCAACCAGCACUGUCCUCAGACCGACCCGCUGACAGCCCCCUGCGUCUGUCCCUUACGGCCGAGGAGCACGGGGAUAGCAGCAACCCUGUCCGCGUGUCUCUGCUGGUAGCGAACCUGGAAGCCGCUGCUGCAGCCCGCCUGGACGUCGAGAACCCCAACCCCAUGGGUCCCGAAUCCAGUGCCGACGAUGAUGGCGGUGAACCUUCCCUGGCAUCCAUGUUGCACGGCGUCCCCUCUGGUGCCAAUGAUGAUUCGGGCUCGGCAGAGGGCUCUCCUGAAGCCCUCAACCGGGCUGCACUGGCUGCUGCAGCCAGGGAGGCCCAGGCGGAACUUCGCGAUCUGCGCCGUGUACUGCAAGACCUAGUGCAGCAGAGCGAGGCUUUGCGUGUGGAGGUGGCGGCGGAGGGUGCAGAGCGGCUGCGCCUGGCUGAGUCGCUUGCAGAGCUGCAAGAGAGGUUGGAUCUCCAGGUGAACGCCACCGCCUCCACUGCCGCCAUGGUGGCUACCAUGGCAACUGACCAGCCGCAGGACCGCGUGCGGCUCCAGGUGCGUGUUGGGGCGACUGAGGCGGAGGCGGACCUGGCGGCACUGGCUUCAACUGUAUCCACGCUGGUGGCGCGUGUGGAUGCGGCAGAAGAGGCGUUGGCGUCGGCAUUCGUCGUCCGAACGCCACGCAGCCCGACGCGGCAGGCAUCUACGGCGGCAGUGCUGUUGCCAGGCGCGGUAGCUGCAGAGCAGGCCGGCGCAGGAAACGGACCGGCUGAUGUUGCCCAGACUGAUGUUCGCAAAGAAGAAGAGUGGGAUGCGGAGGAUGCUUCCUCGGAGGGGGGUAUGAGGCCGGCCCUGGGUCUGAUGGUGCCUGUGCUGCCCCGCGAGGUAGAGCAGCAACUUGCAGCGCUGCAGACGGCUCAGCAGAAGCUUGAGUCCGCGCUUGCUGCAUUGGGCGGCCGCAUUGCCGGCCUUGAGGCGGUGGACGCCCUGGAGGAGGUGCGUGCUGCAGCCUCGGAGGCGGUGUUGGACUCCAUACCCGGCAUGGUAUCGGAGCAGGUCGCGGUGGUGCGACAGGAGAUAGCAGCGCUGGUAGGGCUUCAGGGAGAGCAACUAUUGGAAAGGGCCAGUCUGGCCGCACGCGACGCGGCCCUGGCCGCAGCAAUGCAGGCCGCCACUGAAGCUGCUGAGGUCCGUACUCCAUGGGCAGCGGAGGCGGCGGCGCCGACUUCCGUCUCCGCUGAGAAAGGGGCGUAUGAUGAGCGCACCGCCGCGAUCUGCGAAGUUGCUGCAACGACAGCGCGGGAGGUAUCCAGGGCAGUUGCACGCGAGGUGGCAGAGGAGAUGGUGCGUGGGGCUGCAGCAGCAGAGCUUAAGGAUGUCCGCGGUGCCGUCGGGUCCCUGACCGAGCGGAUGAACGAUGUCGAUGUGCUCCGUGAUCAGCUCGAAGCACUCGCAGUGCAAGUCAGGGAGUCCAUCACAACUUCUACAGCUGCUGCAGCUGAGGCGGAUCUGGCGAAUGCGCAGGUACCACCUGCUACUCCUACCGCAGCAGCCGUGGCAAGCAUCUUUACGCCUGCCACCACUGCACUAGUGAUUCCACCGGCGCCCACGCCGCGGGGGGCAUCACCUUCUGUCGGCGGCUCCCGCCAGGCAGCAGUGCAGCCACAGCAGCUGGCCGGCAACCAGCAAGCUGCCUUCUUGGCGCGUCUGGUUGAGGUCGUCAAGCGCCAGAGCAGCCGUCUCCAUGCACAGUACAGCGACGCGGAGGAGACCGGGAUGGCGCUGGCGCAGGUGGACCAUACCCUCGAGGAGGCAGAGGCCCGCCUCACGGACGUCCGUGACGCUAACUCGCCAGCCUUUGCAGAGACGUUGGUCACAGUGUUGGAGCAGGUGGCAGCGCUGCGGUACAUUGGCAGUCAGACGCAUCCAGCGGUGCAGCAGAUGGUGCUGGAGCAUGAGAAUCGUCUCGAUAAGAUCGCAGAAGAGCUCAAGGCUAUUAGCGGCGGCUCUCCAACGGCCGCCGACACCCGUUCCACGGCACCCCAUCCCGCGGUGGUGGAGGAGAUUGGCGUACUGUCCCUGCAGGUUGCCCGAAUGGAGGCAGACCUGGCGCGUGUCACCGGCCAGCAGGCCGCUUUGGACCGGGCAGUCAAAGACAUGCUAACUGCUGUUGGGAGCGUCCGUUUCGCCUCCUCUUCAGCACCGGGAUCAUCAGCUGCUACGGAAGAGCCCACGGGCAGCCGCAGGCACAGCACCCAUGAAGGCGAGGCGGCGGAAGGCAUAGUGCCGGAGUCACUGGAAGGCGGCGGCGAGGAGGAGGUGCCAGCGGGACAGCCUGAUGGUCUAGAUAUGGCGAGUCUUGCGGCCCACGUGCGGCUGCUGGAGGGCACGCUGGAAGCGCAGCUUGGCAGCCUACGGCAGGAGCUAAUGGCGGAGAUCCGUGUGCGUGCUGGAAGCGGCGGUGGUGCCGCCACCGUAGCCACGGCCGCCACGGCUGCGGAGCUGGGAGAGCUUGAGAAGACUGUGUCCAAGUUGCACUCCGCAGUAACGGCCAUCAGGAACCGGCUGCUGGCAAUGCAGGAGUAUGUGGACAGCACCCAGGCAGGUGGUGUGGCUUUGGAUCAGUGGCAUAUUCGGUUGACGCUUCGUAUUCCAAUGGGACCACCCGAAAAUCGUGGUAUGAUCAAGGACAUGCACAUCGCACUGGGGGGUUUGGUAAGGCGAGUGGACACCCUGGAGGCUGCAUCCGGCCCUGGCAACCGCAGUGCCCGUGUCAGCGGAUGCGGCUCUGCCAGCGGCCUCAGCGCCGACUCGGGCAGCGUUCGGGAGCUGCAGUCCGACCUCAACAAGUUUGAGCGGCGGCUGCUGACGUUGGAAUCCAGCUCGCUUGAGGCAGCCCACGCGUUGGCCGACCUCAAGGGCCUGGGCCCACGCGUCACGGAGGCUGAGUCCCGGCUGCUGGACGCCUGUUCCAAGGUGGCGAUGGGAUUCGGCGGCAGCGCCAGCAGCACGGUCCCCGUCAUCCCCGCACUGGGCCCGGGCAUGUCGCUUCCUGCACUGUCGGGUUCAGUGCGGGCUUUGGAACGGCGAUUGGGAGGACGUUUGGAGGCGGCGUGCUCCGCACUCGACACUCUGGCUGGUGCUCUGUCAGCAGCGGGGAGGAUUCAGGCAGAGUCCACGGCCAACCCGUUCAAGGCCAUCAGCGCGGCCGUCAACAACCCAGUCAUAGUGGCCAUGGAGAAGAAACUAGAGACGGUUCGUGCAGAGUUGCUCGUGGCGGCCACGUCCAUGUCGGAGGACAUGCGCCGAGAUCAACAGCAGUUCCAGUUGGAGAGCAGACUGGCGUCUGCAGACCCCAGUGUCAGCGGGGGCGGCGUGUACACGUCCGGAGGCGGUGGGACCCUGUCCUUCCGCACCUGAACUGCGACCGUGCAUGUGUUGGACAAAAUCAUAGUUGACCCCAUCCGGAAGCAAGCACCGGCAAGUACCGGCGAGGCCACUGGAAAAAACAUGUUGCUUUAUCAUAUGCGAGCCCUUCCGUCCGUGUCUGUUUGUGUUUUACCUGCAUUGUAGUUGAUUUUCUGUCGGGCUUUAAGGUAUGCGGUUUCGAGUGCGCAACGGCAUAGCUACAUAUAU